AUGUUUGCAAUUAUUUUCUUAGCGACCAGGGCCAAACGAAACCAGUCAGGAUCAACUUUCGCCUUGCUUACGUGCCAGGUCUUUAAUUCGCUUGAGAAGGACGAGAGUCUCCUAAAUGUCCUGACAACUAUUCAAUAUGAGAGUCACAAAAAUGUGGACAUCGUGGAAAACAAAUACACUGGACAGACUCCAGAAGUGAAGAUGUUUUCUCAGGACAGAGGUUUUGUCAUCUCAAAAAGUCCUUCAAAUUGCUCGGCUUCCUCGAAAUCUGACGGAAUUGGCAUUAUGAUGAAAAAGGAACUCGAGUUUUAUACUUGGAAAUCAAACAAAAAGGAAAACUUGCGACGCCGCCUCGCGAUCCUUUUUUCCGAAGAGCAAAAUGAUCGAUUAAAAGAAAUAAAAAAAGUGCUGUCCCUAAACCUAGAUUUUGAGACCAGCGAAAGGAUGCUGAGAGGAAAGCCGUGGAUGUCCAUAAAUGAAGCCUCGUGGAGUGACUCUAACAUUGGCUGCAUUUUCCUGAUUUUCUUUGGCCGAUUAAGUGAAAACAAGGUCACGAAUGAGGUUUGCGUUCAGGUGGACGGUCAAGAAAUUGCGGUAUCUGAAAUACUGCGCGAGUUUAUCGGGCCAAAAAAUGACCAGUGGAUUGGAAAACCGAAAGUAUUAUUCCUUGUGAAUCAGGAAACGAGCUCAUCUGACUACAUCGGAUCAACGCAGCCCAAGAUGAAAAUAUCAGCAACAAACCACAGUGGAUGGUUAGUCCAAGUUUUGCACAACGAAGGUUAGAUUUUGUUCUUCAAUUUUGGGAAUUAGUAAAAAAUUUCAUCUAUAUAGAUAAACUUCAAAAGCUGAUCGAAAUCUUCAAGGGGCAAGAGAUGAAAAAGGAGAAAAGUCUUCAAGAACUGCUCGCAAGUCUUCUAAUUUCCGAAUCAAAAGAAAAUAGGAAUUUGCUUAACUCGACGCUCCAGUAUCCACUCAAUUUUCCUGACUGGCCCAGUUCUUUUGUUCAACUUAGCUUUUCAGUGACAAAAUCACAAAACAGUGCAGUAAAAUACGUCAGUUUCGACAGCUUAGUGAAGGAAUCAGCAACAGAAAAACAAAUUUGGCUCUUGAGUUCAGUUGCAGGAACAGGAAAGACGACAAUCCUCAGGGAAAUGGCUUUUCAACUCGGGAAACUAAAUCCAGAAUUAAAAAUUUUACGCGUUUCUCUCCCGAGAGUUCCGUUCAGUUCUCUAGACCGGAACGUGACUGAGAUUGAAUUUCUCGUGAAAGCCACUAAGAAUUCGAAAGAGGAAAUCAUAAAAAGCAUAGAAAACAAGCAGUGUGUUGUGAUUCUUGAUGGGUUCGAUGAAAUCAUCCGUCCUGAUAACCAAGAAAAAACAUUGAGAGUAAUCAAAUCUCUAGAAGAGAAGCAGUUAUCCGUGUGGAUCGGAACGAGACCUAACGCAGCAG